ACACAAACAACCCAUUAAAAUCUCACUUGACUUUCAGCAAUGGCUUAUUCUACCAAGCUCUCUGCAACCCUUCUCAUCUUCACAAUCCUUCUCUACUCUUCAACAUACUCCAGUGCUUGCAGUACAUGCAAACCACCGAAACUACCCCCAAAACCACCAGCAUGCCCACCACCACCAAAACAGGCACCAACACCAAAAACACCAACACCAAAAACACCAACAACACCAACACCGAUAGCACCAACUCCAGCUAAAGAAACUUGCCCAAGAGACACGUUGAAGUUAGGGGUUUGUGCUGACCUUCUGGGGCUUGUGAACGUUCAAAUUGGAUCCCCAGCAAGCAGUCCCUGCUGUGCACUGCUUCAAGGUUUGGUUGAUGCAGAGGCUGCCCUUUGUCUUUGCACUGCGCUUAAGGCCAAUAUUCUUGGUAUCAACUUGAACGUGCCAAUCAGCUUGAGCUUGCUUCUUAGUGCUUGCCAGAAAGAAGUCCCUCCUAACUUCAAAUGCGAAUAAGAUGAUGAUUAUUGUGCUUUGUAUGCUUAAGCGGUCUUAAUAUUGACCUUUUCUUUUUCAAAAAAAAAAUAUAUGUAUUGGCGUUUGUACGUUUGCACUUUGUCUUGUUUUUCCUUUUAGUACUGCUGCCGAAUUUGGUACAAUAAGAAGGCAAAGCCUGUUUGCCUGAAUACAUAUGUAUUUAAAGCUUCUUGUUGUAAUAUAACUAGUUGUAAGAACAGAAGAACUAUAUUUUACUGCUUAUUUGAAACA